AUGGACCUCAUAGCUGAUUCAAUGCCACUGAAGAGAUUCGAAAAAAUUAAACGUUUCUUGCAUUUUGUGGACAAUGACAAAAUUCCUGAUGACAACAAAGAUUUUUUCAUCAAAGUUCGACCCGUGAUUGAAGCCCUUAAUGAAACAUUUCAAACAUGCAUGUCUCCCCCAGAAUUUCUUGCUGUAGACGAGGCCAUAAUUCCAUUCAAGGGUAGAUCAAGAGCUAAGCAGUACUUGAAGAAAAAACCCAAAAAGUGGGGUUUUAAAUCCUGGGUGCUAGCUGCUUCCAACGGAUAUGUCUGUAAGUUUGAAAUGUACCAGGGAAAGAGGCAAGAAUCUACGUCUGAUAUGGGUGUUAUAAGUGAUACUGUGUUGAGACUGUGUUCUCAUAUCAGUGGAAAAAAUCACAAAUUGUUUUUGGACAACCUGUUCACCAACUACAAAUUGCUCAAAAUAUUGAAAGGCAAAGGCAUUGAGGUUGUUGGCGUUUUUCGUAGUGACAGACUGUAUGGAGCAGAUGCAAGCUUGGAAGAACCCAAACAAUUUGGUAAAAUGAAAAGAGGCUCAAUGAAUGUUGUUACAUCUGAAGACAACAUAACAAUUGUCCAGUGGAAGGACACAGGAAUUGUUUAUGUUGGCUCAACGUUUGCGGGCAUACAGCCAACAGACCUAGUUAGAAGAUGGGACAAGACAGAAAAAAACAUGUCAUGGUAG